AUGAUACAAUCUAAUUUGAUAAUUAUUAUAAUUAUUGAUAAUUUGAUCGGAACUGGGGCUACUUCAAGUUAUGGAACUAGAGAUGGUAGUGCCAUCGUUGCCUCUUGUUCCAAAAGUACUGAUAUCUUACUUUGGCAUGGGAGAACUGGGAAAGUUUUAGGGCAUGUUGACACUAAUCAGUUGAAAAAUAUCAUGGCUACUAUAUCACCAAAUGGCCGUUUCGUUACUGCUGCAGCCUUUACAGCGGAUGUAAAGAUAUGGGAGAUUAUAUACGCCAAGGACGGUUCAGUCAAGGAGGUUACAAACAUUAUGCAGCUUAAAGGGCACAGGAGUGCAGUGACUUGGUUGUGCUUUUCUCCAAACUCGGAGCAAAUUAUUACAGCAUCCAAGGAUGGUACAAUAAGAAUUUGGAACAUCAAUGUUCGAUACCAGCUUAACAAGGAUCCAAAAACUCUGAAGGUGUUUCCAAUACCGCUUCACGAUGCAAUUGGUUCAACUUUGCACUAUGAUCGCCUCAGCGUAUCCCCUGAUGGAAAGAUACUGGCAGCAAGUCACGGUCCAACAUUGCAGUGGCUAUGUCUGGAAACAGGAAAGGUGUUGGAUACUGCCGAGAAAUCGCACGAUGGUACAGCCUGA